UAACAAAGAACUGUGGAUAUGAUGUAUGCAACGAGAAUUUAGUAAAUUUGAAACAUAGAAACACUGCGUGUGGGGGUAUAAAUAAAAUAUACCACACGAAAGGCGUCAAUAUUGAACAAGUGAUGUUUAACUCUACACAAUGUGAGAAUAUUGGGAUAGAAAUAUAUAGAACCACAGAAACGGAGCUUGAAUUUUAUUUGAAUUGUUCCGAGAGUGGUCAAGGCCAGGUACAUAUUAUAUACUCAGUGCAAGGGAGAUACUGUCAUAAAUAUUUCACAACAUCUGUUGUUUGCGAUACAGGUACGCCAAUGUACACAACUUCACUACAUCUACCACAACAACAACCACAAGAUCCCGAUUAUCAAGAAAUUACUUUAUGGACAACUGUCAUUAUCUUUUCAGUAAUUGCAACCUCCGUUUCAAUUGGCGUUGUAUUAGUUAUUAGACGACAAACCAAUAGGUCUUCCCAUAUUUGGAGUAGAACAUUGCCAGAAGCAAAUACACAGGUUUGGAAUAACAGAAGAGAAUUUGAUGGCCUCAGCAUAGAAAACGACUCCGGAAAUGUUGUUGAAGAAGAUAUGCGUUUAAAAGAUGACAGAAUUCCACUCACUGAGAUUCUUAGCAGUAGGACUUCAGACGUACCAGCUACAUGAAAGAGGACCGUUGGCAAUAUGGAUUUGUGUUUUAUAAUGUGCAAAACCAAAGAAAUAAUAAACAUCUAGUCCACUUACAAUUUACCGGUCGGGAAAAUAUGUUGGAAUCGCAUUGUCUGAUGAUAACGUUCAUCAACUGCACUCCACCGAGGUUAUAUGACAUGAAUGGAAACUAAUUUUGUGUGCAAGAUUUCAGAUAAUUUGCCAACUCCGUGCUGUUUUCAUAAUAAUUUCUUUUGUGUGCAAAUUGACCUCUGAAAAUCUUUAUCACUCUUUGCAUUUGUAACCAUCCGAAAUGCACCAGUUGGUUCUUGAAAGAAAUUUGAGUUUAUUUUGAAGUCUUUUGGACAUCAGUUAAGCUCAUUUUAACAUUGAUUUUUGUAAAACUGAUUUGCUUAGCUUUGAAUUUGGAUCAGUCUUUUGAAACUGUCAGGAAUUUCAACAUCAAAGUACAAGAAAGUGAGCUACCUACAGAACAGAGCAUGACCGUACAGCACCGGUUCCAGCAAGUUAACGGCUAUGUUAUAAAGAUUAUAUUUGCAUGUCUCAAUUUUUUUGCCCUGUGUGUUCUUUGUGAUUCAUAAAGACUAUAUUACUUAAUUGUAUUUACAUAUACACGUUCAUGUUGAAUAAAAUAUAUGUUGUGUUAUGUUAUGUUAUUAAAAUAUCGAUUUGUGAUCAUACUAGAGCAGAUCUCGUCAUAUGCUUUUACAUCAGCAAAGUAGAUUUCUCUUCGGUGUAAACAUGAUUCUGACAAAAUGAAACAUAAACAAAACAUGAUGCAAAAUACGUCUUUAUAUUCUUGUUAGGUAGAUUGUUUUUCUAAUUCUUCUUCACCUUAGAAGUAUUUGCAAUUAUGCAAUAUGUUUGUCAAUUUAUACCGCUUUAUAUGUUUGAUAACACAUAAAAAUUUAGAAGCUACCAGAUUUCUUCCAAAAUGAAAGUCCAUGAUAUUAUCUGUUUCCGGAACAGUAACGUUGUUCCAGGAAAAAAAACUUUUAAGGGUUUUAUAUCCUUUGCAUAUCACAUCCUUGUGCUCUACUUUAUCAAAUUAAACAAUGUUAACAGAGAGGGAUAAAACAAAGAAAAGAGAAGAGAACAUUAUUGUGAAUUGUACAGCUAAUACCGUUUACAUAAGUAUUAUUUGUUUUAAGAAAUAAAAUUCUAAUGAUAUUAGUAUGUUUAUGUUGCUCAUAAUUUUGAAUAAAGAUAUGUUGAUUCUA